ACAGACAACCGUCCACAAAACUAAUAAAAAUUCAUAGCUAACCAAAGAAAAGAUACCGUCAUUGUAGGAUGGAAGAAAGCGUCAGUUUGCAACCUAACAGCAAUGGCGAUAACAGCGAAGAAGAAUGCCCUUCUAAGGAACGAACACGCUUUUGCUUCAGAUCUGGAAUUCAACAGAAAUGGGCUUUAUUGCACCAGCUUUUUAUCAUAUUUCUUGAAAAACUCUUUGAAAUAUCUGCCAUAUUUAUUUCUCGACGGCCAUUUCUCGUGACUUUGUGUUGUCUUUUUGUCACUAUUGCUCUUACGGGUGGCUUCGGGAAAUUAAAAGUCGAAAAAAGUGUGAAGUUUUUGUACCUACCAGAAAACAGUGAAGCAUCACAGGAUAUACGAAGGGCAAGAAGUCUAGGCUUCGAACUGGAAGUGCGACAAGAAGAACUUAUUGUCUUGCCUAAACCUGGGAAGUCUGUCCUGUCGCAAGAAUGUUUGGCGGAAAUGAUUGAUUUACAUAACAUUAUUAUAGAGAUAGAGCAUUACGACGAAUACUGUUUUAAACUAAACUCUAAUAGCAGUUGUGCCUCAACAAACAUAUUGGAAGCUUUUGGUUUGAAAAAGGAAAAUCUAGUUGGCAAUAUUUUACAACGUAUCGAGACCAUAAUCCAGAAUGAUACUUUUCUUAUGUCGAACGGAAGAAGACUCUUGGAUAAUUUUAAUCAAAUUUUUGGAAACACCGCUUCUAUUAAUUCAAUUAAUUCCACAAACGCACUGAGAAUAGUUUACUUUAUGAGAGAGUAUGACAGAGGAGAAGAGGGAAGGGAAGGCAUCUUGGAGUGGGAAAAGAUAUUUUUGAAUAAAGUAUCAUCUUUUUCGAAAAAUACUACGUGUGCGAAUGUCUUUUAUGCAGCAGAAAGAAGCCUGGACGACUCAGUUGAGGAAAGUACUGGUUCUGAUAUUAAGUUUUUUGCCGUAACAUUUGUGAUCAUGGGAAUUCUUAGUGGCGUUGUGAAUGGAAGAUGCGCAGAUGCUCGUUACGGCCAUCAAUUGUUAGGAUUUAGUGCCUUGUUGUCCAUAUAUCUAGGGGUCACUAGCUCGCUUGGUUUCUUAAUGUUGGUCGGUGUUCCUUUUAUCAGUAUGGUCGGUGUUCUACCAUUUUUGGUUGUUAGCAUUGGCAUUGACGAUGUGUUCAUUAUCCUCCACGAACUGAAUGAAAUGAUCCAUCAAGAUAUACCUGCAAAUCAUAUUCUUAGUGCGACAAUGGCUAGAAGCGGUCCAACUAUUACUAUGACAACUCUUACAGAUCUCGUAGCAUUUGCCGUGAGCUGUCGCUCCAUCUUCCCUUCUAUUCGUAUUUUCUGCACAUACGCAGCUCUAACAAUUUCAUCUGUUUUUGUUCUGCUGCUAACAUUUUUUGUUGGUUGUAUGUGGUUUGAUAUUAAAAGAAUCAACGCUGGACGCCGUGAUUUUUUGCCUUGGUUAAUGAGUCCUUCCCCAACUGAUUGUUGCUCAGGAAUCCGGAGAAGUGGACUUGAUAACGUUAUGAAAGCAUGGGGGAAGAAAAUUGUGUCACCCGCUGGCAAAAUCAUUAUCUUUUUGAGUUCACUAAUUCUUCUUUCCUUUGGGAUUUAUGGCGCUCGUAGCAUUGACGAGAGCUUCAACAGAAAGCUGUUUACAACUGAAGAUUCGCAUUACCGGGAAUUUCUAAAAGUUUAUGAAGAAAACUUUCAUCUUAAUAUCGAAGUCAAUAUUAUCUUUACAUCACAGGCUGAUCAGUCGAGCAACGAAAUUGAAAAAAAAUACUUCUAUGUGGAGAAUCUUGUUAAAAAUAAUGAAUAUUUCGUCACAGGAAGCAUAUCAUGGUUAUCUGAAUAUAUAUCUUGGGCACAAAAAAGAAACAUCGAGAUUAACAAUACCAGAAUGUUCCAUGCCUACUUGCAUGAAUUUAUUUCAAUUCCGAAGUAUCAAAGAUUCGCCCAGGAUCUCAAAUUUUCUGAAGAUAAAACACAUUUGAAAGCUUCAAGGAUCUUAGUUUAUUCUAGAAGUGACCCUGACUCAACCUUUCAGAGAAAUAUGAUGGCCAGCAUUCGAAAAGAUCUCUUCCAUUCCUCGAAUGUUCAUGCUUUUGCCGUUGCCCUACCGUUCAUAUACUUUGAACAGUAUGCACGUGUACUUGAUGAAACCAUUAGGUACUUGAUCGUCGCCGGAAUUUCAAUUAUUGUGAUAUCGUGCUUGUUUCUUAAUCACUUUGUAAUAAUAUUUUGUCUUAUGUGGGGAUUUGUUGCUCUUAUAUUUGAACUACUUGGCCUGAUGUACAUAUGGAAUGUCUCGUUAAACUCAAUUUCUAUGAUAAACCUUGUUAUGGCAUUGGGAUUUUCUGUAGAUUACAACGCACACGUCGCUUUUCACUUUGUUUCCUCUAAGGCUACCACGCCUGAAUUUCGUGUCAUCGAUGCUCUACACAGAGUUGGCGGUAGUGUCUUCCUAAGAGGGCUUAGUACCUUCCUUGGAAUGAUGCCAACGUUAUUCACUUCCUCCACAAUAUUUCAAACAUUUUUCAAAAUGUUUGUUGGCAUCGUUAUUCUUGGUUUGCUUCAUGGCUUAGUUAUAUUACCUGUUUACCUGACUCUACUAGGAAAGAUAUUUGACUUCCGCGAAGAAAACAAUGACUGGUUUAUUACGAAAUGGUUCAACCGUACAAAGAAACGCAAAUUCAGAAAAAUUAAAAACCUAAGUUUUUCUAAAUCAGUUGCUAAAACUGAAACGCCUAAUCCUAUUGCAAUUGUCGGAAUCAGUUGCCGGUUCCCCGGUGGUGCAAACUCAAAAGAUGCCUUUUGGGAUAUGAUAGCAGAGGGUAGAUGUGGUAUUGGCACUUAUCCAACGAACAGGCCAGACGCGAGAGAGUUUACCGAUUCCUUUAAUACAGGAAAACACACGCCAGGAAAACAUUAUGUCCUUACUGGUGCUUUUCUUGAUAAAAUUACAGGAUUUGACGCCCAUUUUUUUGGAAUAUCCCCAAGCGAGUGUCGGUCAAUGGAUCCGCAACAGCGAAUACUUCUCCAAGUUGUUUAUGAAGCAAUUGAGGAUGCUGGCAUACGUCUAGAAGAUUUACAACAAUGUCGAACUGGUGUUUAUGUUGGAUCGAUGAAUAUAGAAUACGCUUCUCUUGUUAUGAAUCAGUCAAAUAUUCGAAAAAUUGAUCAAUUCUCCUCGACUGGUUGUGCUUUGUCAGUUUUGGCAAACCGUAUAUCUUUUUCCUUGAACUUAACUGGUCCAAGUUUAACGAUGGAUACAGCCUGUUCAUCUUCUCUGGUUGCUCUUGAUGUAGCAUAUGUACAUUUACAAAAUGGUGAAUGCGACGCUGCGAUAGUAUGUGCGCCAAAUAUUCUUCUGGUUGGAAACAUAUUUCAUACAGCAUGCUGCAGGACUGGAUUAUUAGCCGAAGAUGGACGUUGCAAAAGUUUUGACAUAAAAGGAGACGGAUAUGGGCGGGGGGAAGGUGUAGCUGCCAUCAUUUUGAAACCAACUCAAAACGCUUUGGAUGAUCGAGAUAACAUUUAUGCGGAAGUUGUAGCGUGUGGUACGAAUAACGAUGGUCAAACGGCAAUCCCAAUGACAGCACCUAGUGAGGCAACACAAGCCGCUCUGUUUCAAAGAGUUCUUCAAGAAUCUGGUUUGUCUAAAGACGACAUAAGUUAUGUGGAAGCGCAUGGUACUGGUACAGCUGUUGGAGACGUCGUCGAAAUGGGCUCAUUAUCCGAAGUUUAUGGAAACAGUAGUGGAAGGGUACUUCGUGUAGGAUCAGUUAAAUCAAACAUAAACCAUACGGAGUCAACAGCAGGAUUAGCCGGAUUGAUAAAAGUAUGUUUGAUGAUAAAACAUGCUCGAUUUGUCCCUACAAUUAACGUGCAUCAAUUGAAGCCGCAGCUUAAAUUGCCCGAGCGAAAAAUGGUUGUUCAAGCUUGUAAUGAAGCUUGGAAAACUGAAGAAGACAAACCGAGAGUUGCUGCGAUCUCCUCGUAUGGCUUCGGUGGAACAAAUGCUCAUGCUAUCGUCAGAGAAGUUACUAAGAAGCCUGUCGUGAUAGUUAAAAAUAGAUCUUCAUUUAACAGAGUUCUGACACUAUCUACGGCGUCGAAAGAUGCAUUGAGGGCAAUGGCCGGGAAGAUGUCCCAAUCGCUUAUGUUAAAGCCUGAUGACGAUGAAAUUCUUAAGGACGAUAUUUGUUAUUCCCUAAAUGAAAGGUACACAAUAUUGCCCCAUCGCUUAGCGGUCAGCUUUCAUUCAUUCAAAAAUGCAGCAAAAGCCCUAGAGAUGUUUUCCAGUCAGACAAAUGGAUGGGAAGAAUUAGUGGCUACCGGCAACGUUGCUAAAGUACCUAAAAGUGUCGUAUUCCUCUACGGUGGUCAAGGGGCUCAGUGGCACGGCAUGGCAAAAGAAAUGUUGGUCCAUGAGCCGAAAUUUAAGGAAAGCAUUGAAGAGAUUGACGCACUCCUGAAAAAACACAAUGCUCCCUGGUCCUUGAUUACUGAGCUCAAAAAACCCGAAGAAACCUCCCUACUUCAUGAAAACCAAGUUGGACAGACGGCAUUGUUUGCCAUACAUGUUGCUUUGACUGACCUGCUGCAUUCAUGGGGUGUUCGACCGUCUGCUGUAGUUGGUCACAGCCUUGGAGAAAUAUCAGCAGCUUGGGCAUCUGGAGCAUUGCCUUUGAGUAAAGCUUUGCAGUUGGUUCUGUUUCGCUCCCAACUUCACGAGAAAUGUUCCCCAACAGGCUGUAUGGCUGCCAUUGGGAUGGCAGAGGAAGAAGCUCGACGUAUGCUGCAAGAUCUUCAAUUGGAAAACGAAGUUGAUAUUGCAGUCGUCAAUAGCCCUGGUAAUGUUGUGCUAUCUGGUAACAAAUUGUCUGUAGAUCUUGUUGAAAACCACCAAUAUACCAUUUUACUCAACUGUUACCGGCGCCCAGCUAUCUGGUCACCUCUUGUCACUCGAGCAUUGGUGGCGUAA